UGGCCCGCGCUGCUAUGGCCAGUCCCGGAAGGCAGCGGCGGUUUCUGCAGUGAGCACACCCCGCAGGCAACCCUGUGAGGAGCCGAGGCCAGACCGCGCGGAACGGGGUCCGGGUCCCCACGGUUCCCGCGCCCGGUUGCACGGAUUACGUCACGUGUUGUGGAGGGCGGUGGCUGGCCCGGGUGCCCCUGAAAGACUCCUGCUAGUAUGGGCCUUCUACAGAGCCAGUCCAGGCUAGGAUGCCUGGAUCAAUAACAGCAGCUGAAACUCUGGCCCUUCAGGAUACACAGGGUCAAGAGAAGAUUAUGAUGAUGGAGCCAAAGGAAGAGGAACAGUCUUGGGAGUGUGAGACCAGGCUACAUGGGAACCGCUCUCCCAGUCAGGAGAUCUUCCGCCAACGCUUCAGGCAGCUCUGCUACCAGGAGACUCCUGGUCCCCGGGAGGCCCUGAGCCGACUAAGGGUGCUCUGCUGUGAGUGGCUAAGGCCCGAGAGGCACACCAAGGAGCAGAUCCUGGAGUUGCUGGUGCUGGAACAAUUCCUGACCAUCCUACCGGAGAAGCUCCAGUCCUGGGUGCGGGGACAUCACCCUGAGAGUGGAGAGGAGGCUGUGACUGUGCUGGAGGAUUUAGAGAAAGGACUUGAUGAACCAGGACUGCAGGUCCCAGGCCCGGUACACGGACCUGCACAGGAAGAGCCGUGGGAGGAGAAGGAGCCUGUGGGAGCAGCCCAGGAGAAACCAAGCAUCCAGCUCCAGCCUAAGGAGACCCAGCCUUUCCCAGAGCGUGAACAGGUAUAUUUACAUUUUCCAUCAGUUGUUGCAGAAGAUGAUGCAGAGCCCAAGGACAAAGGGUCGUUGCCAGAACCACCCAUUACUGACGUGGAAUCACAGGUGCUCAGAGAAAAACUCACCACCAGCACCUCUACAUUUGAAGCUGCCUCUGAAGUUGAGGCCCCUUUAGAGCAGCAGCAGAGAAAUCUCAAAGGGGAAAGGCUGAAGCAGUCCCCCGCUCAGGGGAAAAGCUUCAGGCAGAUGGUCGUCACCCUUAAGACAACUCCCACAGGGAAGAAAGACCAUGAAUGCAGUGAAUGUGGUAAAGCCUUCAUUUAUAACUCACACCUUAUAAUCCACCAGAGAAUCCAUUCUGGAGAGAAACCCUAUAAGUGCAGUGACUGUGGGAAAACUUUCAACCAGAGCUCAAACCUCAUUCAGCAUCAGAGAAUUCAUACAGGAGAGAAACCCUACGAAUGUCAUGUGUGUGGGAAGUCCUUCAGGUGGAGUGCUCACCUUGUUCAACAUCAGAGGGUUCAUUCAGGGGAGAAGCCCUACGAGUGUAAUGAGUGUGGGAAGGCCUUCAGUCAAAGCUCAUAUCUAAGUCAGCAUCUGAGAAUCCACAGUGGAGAGAAACCUUUCCUAUGUAAAGAAUGUGGGAAGGCCUACAGAUGGAGUUCUGAGCUUAUCAGACAUCAGAGAGUUCAUGCCAGAAAAGAGCCUUCCCAAUGGACUGUGGGUGAGAAAGUCUCCAGACAGAAUUGUACUUCUGUCUGAUCAGUUUUAGGACUAUAUUCCAUAAAAGUUAUAAGCACCUUAA